AAAGUGACAAAUCGAGCAUAUGUAUACUGUUGUUCUUGUUCACCACCAUUUAUAAAAAAAAAAUGAAGAAAUUAGAAACACCAGCUUUUGCUUUUGUAUAUAUUCAUGCAAAUUGCAUCAUCAUCAUCUUCCUUUUCCUGUAAAGAAUAUAUAUAUGUUGUUCUAUAUUUUGGUUGUCUUUCUUGCAGUGUUUGAGCAUUCUAUAACUGCUGUUUUUUUUUCCUAUGCAUAGCGAUUAUCUCACUUGUUUAUAAUAAUUUGCAGUUGAAACACUGUAGAAGCUUGUGUUGUUCUUCAUUGUUCUUCAACUACAGAAUGUCUGUAUAAAGUUCCUAGGAAUAUUACUGUCUUAUAUGAUUUUUGCUAUUUCUUACAGUACUGCUUAUGUCCAUAGGUUUGAAUUUAACCCCAUUUCAGGCACGGGAACCAAACUUGAAUGUGCCAUAAACACAUUACCAAGUUCCCGAAACGCCAACAGCUGCUGUGCCUCUACUCUGCAUUUCGUGGAUGACUAUUUCCGAACAAGAGAGCUGAAAAAGGAUUUUGAAACGCCUGAAAGCCAAAACAUGGAAUCUAUCAGAGAGACAAUGCACAUUCAUGAAGAUACCUUCAAACACCAGGUACGAGAACUUCACCGGCUGUAUAGUGUUCAAAAGAGAUUGAUGGAUGAGCUGAAAUGGGAAAUUCAGCAAAAGAGAUUCUGGGCUAGUCCUUUCAGUAGUUGCGAUAUUAUCAACCAGCACCAUUUAACAACACAAGCUACUCGUUGCGAGGAUAAUUUCAAUUUUCAAGAUGAUAGGAGCUCAAGGGAGAGGAUUGGCUGUUGCUCUGGUGACACCAUGAAAAUUGCAAGCCUCACUAGUACUGUUGAUGUAACCCAAGGCUCUGAUGAUGAUUGUGAAGUUGAGCUAACACUAAGUAUUGGAACCAGCUCAAGGAAGAAGAUGGAAAACAACUCCAAGUCAAAUAGUCAAAUCAGAAAGCUUGAUUCACCAUCUUCGUUUAAAUCGGAUUCAGAUAAGAAACGACCAUAUUGGCAAUUCCAAGGGUUUAAGCAUAGGCAGAACUUGAACAACCAUUGAAUAAUCAAAUUUAAGUUCUUAGCGUGUAUCCUUUCAACUCCCCAUAGACUUGGUUCAUGACCUAAUAAAUAGAUAAUCUUCUUCUUCUUCUUCUUAUUAUUAUUCUCGACUGUACAUUAUUGUAAAUAACAUUUCUCAUUUUCUCAUUAUAUAUUAUAUAUUCAGUAAUCUUAAUUAA